AUGGCCGCCACAGCAAAGUCCUUCCGGGAAAAUCUCGGCGUCCCGCCCUCGAAGCCCUCCACAAGCGACAGCGUCCUCGUCAUCAUCGACGCCCAGAACGAGUACGCCUCGGGCCUCCUCAAGACAGAAAACGUCGAGUCAACUCGAGCUGCCAUCAAGGCCCUCCUAGACAAAUACCGUGCGGCCGGUGCGCCAGUCGUCCACGUGAUCCAUGAUACUCCCACCGGCGCUCCGGUCUUCACCCCCGGCUCAGAGCUGGCCGAGGAGUUCAAGGAGCUGACGCCCAAGGACGGGGAGAGUCUCGUCCACAAGCAGCACCCCGGUUCAUUUACCGGCACAGAGCUCCAGGAUAUUCUGGAGAAAACUGGGCGCAAGAAGAUUGUGCUCACCGGAUACAUGGCCCAUGUUUGUGUUUCGACAACGGCCCGCCAAGGCGCAGAGAGGGGAUGGGAUGUCAUCGUGGCCAAGGACGCCGUAGGAGACCGCCAUAUCCCUGGCGUUGAUGCCCAGGAGUUGGUGCGGGUGACACUGGCUGAGAUUGCGGAUGUGUUUGGCACCGUUGUUGAGAGCCAAGAAAUUGUAUAA